AUGUCAAGCCUUUGGGAUCGUGUGUUUCGUGUCCCGCAGUUCACUCUAUCUGCCCGUAGCUUGUGGGAGCUGUUCGAGGCCUGCAGGAGCGGAGACCUGGAGCGGGUGAAGAGGCUCGUGUGCCCGGAGAAUGUGAACAGCAGGGACACCGCAGGGAGGAUGUCCACCCCGCUGCACUUCGCUGCGGGUUUUGGCCGUAGAGAUGUAGUGGACUACCUCCUUCAGCACGGAGCAAACGUUCAUGCCCGUGAUGAUGGUGGCCUCAUCUCGCUCCACAACGCCUGCUCGUUUGGUCACGCUGAAGUGGUCAGCCUGCUCCUGCAGCAUGGGGCCGAUGCCAACUCCAGAGACAACUGGAAUUACACCCCGCUGCACGAGGCUGCCACCAAGGGCAAGAUCGACGUCUGCAUUGUUUUGCUGCAACAUGGUGCUGAGCCAACCAUCCGAAACACUGAUGGAAGGACAGCGCUUGACCUGGCUGAACUCUCCACCAAAGCUGUGCUGACCGGUGACUAUAGAAAGGAUGAACUCCUCGAGAGCGCAAGAAGUGGAAAUGAAGAAAACCUGAUGAGCCUCCUCACACCAUUAAAUGUCAACUGUCAUGCUAGUGAUGGAAGGAAGUCCACGCCUCUGCAUCUGGCUGCGGGUUAUAAUCGUGUGCAGACAGUGCAGCUGUUGUUGCAGCAUGGAGCCGAUGUGCACGCUAAAGACAAAGGUGAUCUUGUGCCUCUUCAUAACGCCUGUUCUUAUGGUCACUAUGAGGUAGCCGAGUUGCUUGUAAAGCAUGGUGCCUGUGUCAACGCUGUGGACCUGUGGCAGUUCACACCUUUACAUGAAGCAGCCUCAAAAAACAGAGUGGAGGUCUGUUCGCUCCUGCUCAGCUGCGGCGCCGACCCACACUUCCUCAACUGCCACAACAAGAGCGCCAUCGAUCUGGCCCAGAGUCAGACCGCCCUGCUGAAAGAGCACCUGGCAUAUGAGUUCAGAGGUCACGCUUUGCUGCAGGCGGCACGUGAGGCGGACAUGGCCCUCUUUAAAAAACACCUCUCCCUUGAGACCAUCAACUUCAAACACCCUCUUACCCAAGAAACGGCGCUACAUUGUGUCUCCACUUCGCCGUAUCCCAAGAGGAAACAGAUCUGUGAACUGUUGCUCCGGAAAGGAGCCAACGUCAAUGAGAAGAAUAAAGACUUCCUCACACCUCUGCAUCUUGCCGCUGAGAAGUCUCACAAUGACAUCAUCGAGCUGUUGGUGAAACAUGAGGCGAAGGUGAAUGCGGUAGAUCACCUGGGUCAGACGGCGCUGCACCGCGCGGCUCACUGCGGUCAUCUGCAGACGUGUCGUGUGCUCCUGAGUGCUGGAUGUGACCCGCUCAUCACCUCCCUACAGGGCUUCUCACCCUCCCAGCUCGCCAAUGAAAGCAUUCAGGAGAUACUGCAAGAAGGAGCAUUUACAGGCCACUCAGAUACAGACAGGCGGCUGUUAGAAGCCUCCAAAGCGGGAGAUCUGGAAGUCGUAAAGAAGAUCUGUACUCUUCAGAACGUGAACUGUAGAGACGUUGAGGGAAGGCAGUCCACUCCUCUGCACUUCACUGCGGGAUACAACCGUGUGGCUGUGGUGGAGUAUCUGCUGCAGCACAGAGCCGAUGUACACGCUAAAGACAAGGGUGGUCUGGUUCCCUUGCACAACGCCUGUUCCUAUGGGCAUUAUGAGGUGGCUGAGCUCCUCGUCAUUCACGGUGCUGUGAUUAAUGUGGCCGACCUGUGGAAGUUCACCCCACUGCACGAGGCAGCCAUCAAAGGCAAAUAUGAGAUCUGCAAACUGCUGCUUCAGCAUGGUGCCGACCCAACCAAGAAGAACCGUGAUGGGAACACCCCUCUGGAUUUGGUGAAGGACGGAGACACAGACAUUCAGGAUCUGCUCAGGGGUGAUGCAGCACUGCUGGACACCGCCAAGAAAGGCUGCUUAGCUCGCGUUAAAAAGCUCUGCACUCCAGAUAACGUGAACUGUCGAGAAAUAGAAUUAUUUCACAUGGAGCUUAUACAUUUGGUUUCUGGCUACAAUAAUCUGGAGGUGGCUGAAUAUCUGCUACAACACGGGGCAGAGGUGAACUCGCAGGAUAAAGGUGGACUCAUUCCUCUACACAACGCUGCGUCUUACUGGCAUGUGGAUGUGGCUGCUUUGCUCAUCAAGUACAAUGCAUGCGUCAAUGCCACAGAUAAGUGGUCGUUCACUCCUUUGCAUGAGGCGGCGCAGAAAGGCAGGACCCAGUUGUGUGCGUUGCUUCUAGCGCACGGGGCCGACCACAAACUCCGAAACCAGGAAGGCCAGGCGCCGCUGGACCUCGUGACGGCAGAUGAUGUCCGAGCUCUCCUCACGGCAGCCAUGCCCCCCUCAGCGCUGCCGGCGUUCUACAAACCCCAGGUUAUCAGCAUCGCGGCCCCUGGGACGGGGGUGCAGUUGACUCUCAACUCGAGCCCCACACCGCUCUCUUCAAACUCUAGUAUGGAGGGCCAGUCUGGGACCUUCCCUGAGCUGAGCACUCUUCUACCAACUUCUGGAGCUGAAGGGGCCAAAGGCAUAGAGACAAAAGAGGAGGGUCUAGCUGUAGAGUUGAGUAUCAGCCAGUUUCUUCACAGCCUGGGAUUGGAGCAUUUGCUGGAGAUCUUUGACAGAGAACAGAUAACUCUGGACGUCCUGGUGGAAAUGGGCCACACAGAGCUGAAGGAGAUCGGCGUCAACGCUUACGGACACCGACACAAGAUCAUCAAAGGAGUGGAGAGACUUAUUAGUGGACCUCAGAGUUUAAACCCUUACUUGACCCUGAACACAACCAACAGUGGAACAAUUCUGAUAGAUCUGUCUCCAGACGUAAAGGAGUUUCAGUCGGUUGAGGAGGAGAUGCAAUGUACGAUAAGGGAACACAGAGAUGGCGGUCAUGCAGGUGGGGUUUUCAACAGAUACAGCAUUAUGAAGAUCCAGAAGGUGUGCAACAAGAAGCUGUGGGACAGAUACACCCAUCGCAGGAAGGAGGUUUCUGAGGAGAACCACAACCACGCCAAUGAAUGCAUGCUCUUCCACGGGUCACCGUUCGUAAACGCCAUCAUUCACAAGGGCUUCGAUGAAAGGCAUGCGUACAUGGGAGGAAUGUUCGGGGCCGGGAUCUACUUUGCAGAAAACUCUUCCAAAAGCAACCAGUAUGUUUAUGGGAUAGGCGGAGGAACAGGGUGCCCUCUUCACAAGGACAGGUCGUGCUACAUGUGUCAGAGACAUCUUCUGUUCUGCCGUGUGACUUUGGGGAAGUCUUUCCUGCAGUUCAGUGCGAUGAAGAUGGCCCAUUCUCCUCCAGGACAUCACUCAGUCACUGGCCGGCCCAGUGUCAACGGUCUCGCCCUGGCGGAGUACGUCAUCUACAGAGGAGAGCAGGCUUAUCCUGAAUAUCUGAUCACAUACCAGAUCAUCAAACCGGAGAGUUCUACAGAUUAACACAUGGCUCUUUCCAUCUCAAGGGAGAGAAACUGCUUGAUAUUCCAUUCAUUUAUUUAUGCAAUGUGUAAUUCUUUUCUCUUUCUACAGCUGUCUGCUUUUAUGUCAUUUACAGCAACUUAUUAAUCAGAUUUUAGACACAACAAGCCUCAUCGGUCCAGUCACUUACACUGAUUACAAAACUUCCAUUUCCUAUUAUUUUCAGUCACAAAGUUUAACUUAUUUUAAAAAAGACAAUUGUAUAUUUUGUACUUAUUUAUUUAUUGAUGUUUGUAUCAUAGGGGAUGUAAAUGUUGGCCACUGUCCUGCAGUUUUCAGUGGGAACACAGGGUCUAUUGGAGGUUAUAUGU